UGUCUCCUGUCUCAUCUGUCCGCUCCGCUAAUAAAAUAAAUCGCUACAUCCCUAUUUAAUUCCCGGUCGUGUUAUUUUUUUGUUCUGUGUUUUGCACCAUUGCUCCAUUGUAAAAUCAAUACUCACUUAUUCUGCGUUGCUUGAAGAUUACCUGCCGUGGCGUGGAAUUAAAUUCUCAAUCGUCUGCUGCUGUGCUGUGUGGUUACUUACGUGACACCUGUGUAUUUAUCGAUCCAAACCAUUGAAAUAAAUAUUCAUCAAUCAUAGAUCAUGGCUUCAAGAACAUUUCGCAAAAUUUAUGGUGGUGCUGAACUACCCCCACUGGAGGGGAACUCUGAUGAAGAGUUUGCACCCCAUUACGCGAAAGAAAUAAAGUCAAAAUUUUCAGGGUUGGUCGUAAGUUCGAAUUCGGAAUCUGAGCAAGAGGGGCCAGAGAAAAGUGAUGAUGAUUCUUAUAUGAUUCCGGCUGAGACAAAAUCAAAAAAGAAAAAUAACAAAAAGAAGCAACGACGAGCCAAAAACAAAAAUGCCAGUGCUGACAUGCCAGAGAUGGACGAAAUAGAUAAAUCCGUAAUGGAAGUAAAUGCUCUUCUUGGAAAACCGCCACCAGCGGCUCUGGUGCAGGAAAAAAAAGUGGACCCUAGGAAAGUGCUUUUCUCAGUAAAGGCUAAGCAUUUGGACUUUAAUAAUGAAUUAAAAAGGAUUUUUGGAUCAGAAUCCCUUGAUGAAGCUCACGGCAAAAAAUAUCGCCCCCACAAUGUAGUCAAAUACAGGCGGGCAGCAAUAGUUCCUAUUCUAGAAAACAGACAUUAUGUCAGCGUGGGACUGUCGAUGUCUGUCCACCGUCGUGAGAAUGAUCCGCUGUCAUAUUUCACCUUUGACCACAACAGAGAGUACCAGGCCAUGCACCAACGUGUCCUUGAGCUUGUGACCCAGGAUGAAGUGUUACCCCCAGAUGAUCGGAGGAGCAUUCACAUUGAGGGAAUGUUGCAAAGUACAGAUUACAUGUUCCGUGCUGAAGAGUACACUGCGGCCAAUAACCUGCUAGAGCAAAUUAUUUCGUAUUUGCACUACGUAGCGCAUCCGUGCUUCAACUUAACAGAUCAAUCAAUCCGCUUGGAGUACAAGUACUUGGAAAACAGGCCUUUCCACAUCGCCGUUCUGAAGUAUUGCCACAUGCUUACAAAUAAGGCCUGCCACCGCACCGCUUUGGAGUUGGCCAAGCUGCUCCUAAACCUGGAUCCGUCCGAUCCCCUGGCCAUCAUAUACGUCAUCGACGCCAUAGCUCUUCGAGCCAGGGAGCACCAGUGGUUGAUCGACGCCAUUGACUACUGGAAGCAAGAGCGCGACGCGGAAUACUUGUUCAAUAUUAAGUAUUCCUACGCAAUGGCCCAUUUCCAUGUUGCUAAGAAGAACAAGACUAACGAUUUCACCCGAGCCGACGAGCUGCUGAAAGACGCUCUGCUCCACUACCCCACGAUCGCAGCCAGGAUUUUUGAGAACUGCAAGCAAGAUUGCGCCAAUCUCUACAACCACGCGUAUUUCAGCCUCAGUGGCGAGGACAAGUUCCCUGAGAAGGUGACUACAGCCAUGAUCCUUCACGCCAAGCUCGUGUGCUGGCGUUGGCGCGAGCCCAAGGUGAAGCAGUGGUUCCUCAAGAACCUCAACGAGCUCGUGCAUCAGCUCGACAACGAUCCCGCGGUCAAGGCACGUUCUGAGCAGAUCUCCCGCAUUCGGCACUCGCUCUACGCUGCAUGCCCGGAACAAAUUCACCGCCACAUGCACGUGAUCAAACCCAUGGCUAACCUCCUGGUCGAGUGGGAGCUGCCAAGGAUGACGCGCCAGACCUCGUUUAACCCCAUGCCGCCAGCGAACACCAUCAAUCGGUACCAUUACGGCGUCGACUUAGGUCUCGACCCCCGAAACGUGACGCACUAUUUGGGACUCUUCAAUGCUUUCACGCGUUUCAUGGGUCAGCCUGAACUUGGCUUUGUGGCCAGUGACGCAGAGGACACUGACACCGAGAACCAGGGACAGGUGCCUGAGGGCCAGGUGCCUGAGGGUCAGGCUUCUGAGGGCCAGGCUCCUGAGGGUCAGGCUUCUGAGGGUCAGGCUCCUGAGGGUCAGGUUUCUGAGGGUCAGGCUUCUGAGGGCCAGGCUCCUGAGGAUCAGGCUCCUGAGGGCCAGGCUCCUGAAGACCAGGCUCCUGAAGACCAGGCUCCUGAUGGCCAGGCUCCUGAUGACCAAGCCCCCGACGGCAACAACGCUCCAGGCCAGGCCCCGGACGGCCAAGUGCCUGUGGUUGCGGCCCCGCCCCCGGAGGGACAGGGUGCCGGCGGGCAGGAUCCUGGUGAUGACCAAGGCGACCAAGAACCUUCACAGAACCCUGGUGGUCAAGAUGGUCGACGUAACGAUGACGACGAAGAAGACGACGAGGACGACGAGGACGAUGAUGACGACGACGACGACGACGACGACGAUGACGACGACGACGACGACGAAAAUCCUGAUGACGAUGAUAAUAACGAUGAUCAAGAGCAGUUUGAUGAGAAUCAAGAUCACCGCGGCGACGAUGACGACGCUCCGGAAGGCGAAGCGGAGGACCCCGACCGCGUGGCGCGCUUGGAGGCCUUCAUGGCGUUCAGGAAUCUUCUAUUGCAGGCUGCUAAUUUGCCACCCGAUGACCAGCUCGAUGCAGACGAUUGGGAUUUUGUUCUUCCGGGUCUUGAUGAUGAAAUCGGAGAUGAGAUAACUCCGCGAUAAAUAUUUUACGGAGCUCGGAGUUAGCUAGCCCCAUGUUAGACUUAAAUUCCGAAAAACCUUUUUAUUUUUUCAAUUUCGGGCUAUAAGCGUAACAUCAUAAAAAGUCACGAUUUUGUAAACAUUCCGGAAGCAGGUUGCCCGGCAAUUCGGGUAUUUUUACAUAAACGUAUUUAAUAUUAAAGAUCUCAGUUUGGAGACAUAAAUCGUAAACUGAUUUAUAGUCUUCUCAAGUAUUAUUAGGUGUUUACUUAUGAAAUUGCCAUUUUUUAUUGUGAAUUUAACCAUGAAAAUUUUGAGAAUUGAUAUCAGUAAAAUACAAUUUUAUGCGUAGAUGAAAGUUCUUUAUGUCUU